AUGGUAAACAUGUUGGGCACUAACUAAUUCUGCAGGGUUGUGUGGCCGCGUGAUCUUUGCUAUGUGCGCUACUGGAGACGAAACGAUGAUGGGAGCUAUGUUGUGCUAUUUCGGUCUAGGGAGCAUCCAAAUUGCGGUGCACAACCAGGAUUUGUCAGAGCCCAUAUUGAGAGUGGUGGAUUCAAGAUAUCUCCUCUAAAAUUACGAAAUGGGAGAACUCGAACGCAAGUGCAACAUCUAAUGCAAAUUGAUUUAAAAGGAUGGGGUGUUGGUUAUUUUCCAUCAUUUCAGCAACAUUGUUUGCUUCAGAUGUUGAACAGUGUAGCUGGAUUGCGCGAAUGGUUUUCCCAAACAGAUGAUACACACAUAGUCCCAAGGUUACCUGUUAUGAUGAGCAUCGCUUCGGGCUCAUUUUCUUCCAAGAAGGGAAGGAAAAGUCAGGACAACUCUAAUCAAUCAGUUUCUGCGGAUCAAUUGCAUUCAGCCGGUGGACAAUCUGUGUUAUUGGAUGAAGAAUCAGAUGAGGAUGAAGAUUACUUAAGCCCGGAGCCUGAAGAAGAGCUGGACUCUCAAAAGGCUGAGAAUGCUAUGAAGCAAGCAGAUGAGGAUCCAUUGGAACUACUAGAUUUGUCAUCCUUUUCUGGUAAUUUACGGCGUGUUGAUCGUGAUAAUAGUCGGGAUUGCUGGAGAAUACCUGAUGGAAACAACUUCAAAGUUCGUAGCAAGACUUUCUUUUAUGACAAAACAAAGAUACCUGCAGGCAAGCCUCUCAUGCAGCUAGUAGCAGUUGAUUGGUUCAAGGAUGUGAAAAGGCUUGAUCAUGUCGCGAGGAGACAAGGAUGUGCGGUUCAAGUUGCCUCUGAGAAAGGGCUGUUCACUUUGGUCAUAAAUGUUCAAGUACCAGGCUCAAGUCAUUACAGUAUGGUCUUUUACUUUGUGUCAAAACCACUAGUUGCUGGGUCAUUGCUGCAGCAUUUUGUUGAUGGUGAUGAUGAAUUCCGAAACAGUAGAUUCAAGCUAAUUCCCUCUGUUCCUAAGGGUUCUUGGAUAGUUCGCCAGAGUGUUGGAAGCACCCCAUGCAUAUUAGGAAAAGCCGUUGAUUGUACCUAUAUUCGUGGACCGAAGUACUUGGAAAUUGAUAUUGAUAUCGGUUCUUCUACUGUAGCCAAUGGAGUUCUGGGGCUCGUCUUUGGUGUUAUUACUACGUUGGUAGUUGACAUGGCCUUUCUUAUACAGGCUAACACUUACGAGGAGCUCCCCGAGCGGCUCAUCGGAGCCGUUCGUGUUUCGCAUUUGGAACUUUCUUCGGCCAUAGUUCCACAACUCGACUCCCACUCAUCGACCGAAUGACGCAUUCAAUUGGCCACAUUUCAUAAAAUUUGUGUAAAUCAUGAUCACUUUAGCAACAGACAAUGUUGCAGGUUGCUGCAACGAAGCUAAGACGUUCAGCUCACUUAUUCCUCAUCAGCUGUGUUUUAAAGCCUUGUCUGGGCCCCACCUCAGGGCCUUUUCGCUUUGAAUGGGAGUUUUCUCUCUUCUCUUUAUUUUAUUUUUUUUCAUUUUUUUGCCAAGUUUUGGGAUAUAGC